GCACACAUGAGUGGACGCAGCAUGUGUGAUGUCACAAGCUAGUGUGCUGUGCAGUAUUUACUAAUGUGUGUGUGUGUGUGUGAGUGUGUGUGCAGUACAGCAUGGUACCUGUGUGUGCAUAAGAGCUGUAUUACGUGGAGACGGCAUAGCCUGGCACCGGAUUUCAAUAGUGGUUUGUCCUUUUUUCCCUCAAAGGCUUUUUGAUGUUGCUUGUACAGCGUUGCAUGGUCUUUCUGGUGUCAAAAGACGGACUGCUUCGAAUUCUGUACAACCAGUCAACCAACUGUCGCUUUGAUAGCAAACAUCAGUAUAGGGAUCAUGUGUUAAAGAGCUAUGACGGAAUACACCAGUGUAGUAGUUAAUUUACUGGCAUGAGUUGUUACUAACUAUCAAAAAUGUUAUUAUCAGAGAUGGAGGGGUCUGCUGUGCUGAACAGAUGGCAAAGUCAAAACCUAGGAAGAAAACAGAAAUCCAGCUAUUCCUUUAAGCAGGAAUGACAUCAAUUUUAUAUCACAACAGCAGCAAGGCAAAUAAUAGAAUGGAAAUUAGUUCUUGAGUGGACAUCGCAAUGCUGAAGCUCCAAAGAUGGCCGUGGUAUUUACGCUAUUUAUUCUGAAGGGCAUCAUGCUCCUGGUCGUGCUCCAUGCAUAUGUUACCCAUGGUAAAUCUCUCAAUGGGUUGUUGGAGAGGAGAGAAGAAUGUCCAAUUUCAUGUACAUGUUACAACCACACUGUCGAUUGCAGCUUCAUGAACCUAAGGAAAGUGCCUUUCAAUAUUCCCCCCAAAACAAAAGCGCUGUAUCUGAACGAUAACGUGAUCGACAAGUUAGAUUUUGGGCUUUUAUCAAGACUCAGUAGGUUGGAGGAGUUGCAUCUGCAAAGUAAUAAACUUGAGGGAAUCACAGAGAAAGAUGUUGAAUUCCUUCCACAGUUAAGAAUUGUUGAUCUGAGAGAUAAUCCUCUAGUGUGUGAUUGCAGCCUUGCUCAUGUGAUGGGAAGGACGUUAGAUGAUACAAAAAAAUUCAAUGUGAUAUUGGGGGAUACAAAAUGUGUUGCACCUAUGCAAAAUGAGAAGAGACAAGCAAGUGAUGUACUGAGAAAACUUGACUGCAGACAUCGCAGUAGGAGAGGUGAAAUGCAAUGUCAUCCAAGGUACUGUCUCAACGGUGGUACAUGCAUCGAAGGCAACGAAAGGCCAUUUUGUGAAUGCCCGGAUUCUUUUGUGGGUCAAUACUGUGAGAGACCAAAUUCAGAUGUUGUGCGCAUCUUUCUAGAAGACAUCACUGUUCACAGUGUGAAGGUAUCAUGGAGGCCACCACAUCAUGUUGACGUAGAGAAGUACUUUGUGACUUUCCGUGAACAAAGCCCUGCAGCCGAUCCAAAACAUUUUUGGACGCGAGAGGAUUAUUAUAUCUUUGUUAGACUAAUUCCAGGGUCCUUUUACCAAGUGUGUAUUAUAGGAUAUUUAAGUGAAGAUGAUACUCUAGAUGAAUGUUGCAAGGAAUUUGCCACACAACCUCAUCCCAGUCAGCCCGGACCUGGACACCCGGACCAUCCAGACCAUCCUGAUCCUCACUUCCCAGCUACUGAAUCUAGAGACAGGGAAGAUGUCAUUCACAAAGCAGCUGUUAUUCUAGGAUCUAUCAUAGGUGUCUGUGCCUUUUUCAUCAUCUGCCUGACUCUGGUUUACAAAUUCCGUUCCCUGAGCAACACCAGGAACUUGGAUGGAAGAUCUCCUUCCCCUCCGAUUGAUGACGAAAACGAGGCAGAAACAGAGAUCUCUCAAGCUCCAGGCAGUGAGAACGAUGCUGGUCGUGGUGUCUUUGUGGUUUCUGUUCCUGCUCCAGAACAACCAGCAGCUCAACCUGAAAAUGAAGUACUUGAAACAGAUACUGCAAUGACAGAUCCUAUCCCAAUUAACAGGGUCCUACAUGCCCUACAGCCACCAAGUUCGCGAGGGCAGCAAGAGGCACCCUCACAAAACACUGUAGUAUUAUACCGUUCUGAAAACAGGAACACGGUGGAGGACCUGUCAAGGGACAACCCCUCAGGGACAGCACCCUUCUUUAUUGUGGCAGAUGGGAACCACUACCCUCUCGAUCCAGCUCUUUCACAUGUUUUAUGCAGUGCAAUGUCUAGAAGCAACGUUCCUAGACAACCCCUUCCCAAUGAACCACCACCACCCUACUCAGAGAGAGCAGAAGAUACCCAACUCACCCAAGUUUCAAUCAGAAACAGGACAGAGUCUGAUCAUUUGUCUAAUGUUACAUGUGAAAGAAACCUUGAUGCAUCAUCGGUAGACACUAUAGAAGAAGACAAAUAAUUUUACUAUUACCUCAUCUUGUCUAAAAGUAGAGUAAACUAAGAGAGUAGCAACCCUUGCCUCUUUUGGGAUAUUAAACUUUGUAUAUUAAACUGUUUAGCUGUCAUUGUUCAUAAAAUAGUUUAUGAAAGGAUAAUCAGGAUUGAAAUAAACAGAGAAUCCUUUAAACUGCUUUGUAAAAAUACAUCUGUUUCAGGAAGAGCUUGACUUAUGUCCAGUUCAAUAAAAUACAGUGAAAUUGUCAUAUGGCUGGCAAACGGGCAGUAGGAUGUGUAUGCACAAUGAUUUUCAAUUCUUGUGCGAAUGGCACAAGGGCUAUAGCUUGAUUGCACACUAUGAGAAAAGUAGUGUACGCGAGAUUUAACACCUGUUUUUCUGACCAACACGAAUAGGAAUCGACUGACACAAAAGUCCAAAAGCUUUUCUGUCAGUAAGGCAACAAAAUUGUAUUUCUUUUCUAAGACAUCUCAACAUUCUCUUCAAAUUUUCUAUAUUUCAUUACAACAGAUGUUAAUAAUCACAAACUCAAUUGUAAAAAAGAAAUAUGACAAAUUUAUAUGACCAGAACAUGUAGAACACAAAGGCCAUAUUUCUGUUCAUGUUUCAUUGGGAUUUAGCAAAUAAAUGUAGCAAAAAAAUCAAGGCCCCAUUUCAUAAGAACUUACAAUAUAUUGUAACUUUGCUAUUACAAUAACUACAUGUACAUGCACCAUGAAAACAUUGACUUUCAUUUGCUUUUAAGCCCUGUUAACAUGGUUGUUUAUGGCAUUUUUAACAUGAUGUAAGUCCUCUAUGAAACACACCCUUUAUAAAGUUUUGGGUGUACUAAUUCAUUACAAAGAGGAAAUUAACGCUUUCCUUAGUUUACUUCAUAAUACAAUUGAUUUACUAUAAAUUAAUUCCAAAAUAUAUUUCGUUCAAAUAAUAUACUGUGAAACUAGAAUUAGUUAAUUAAAAACAGACAUUCCACAAAGAGAAAAUUUGCCUUAAAAGUUACUUUAAAAAAAAGGUACUGCAGCAAGCAGGUUAUUAUUCAGUGAAGUAUCAAUUGCCUUAAAUUCAAAUAUAUCGUUGAAUGUAGAAUAACUUAUGCAAUUUUAAAAGAUAUACGUUCACUUUGUUGGUAUAAUGUAAUGUGUAUGUAUUCAACUAAGAUGUUGGUUAAAAUGGGAAAACAAACAUGAGAAGAGAGAGAGAGAGGGGGAAGGGGGGGGGGUCUCCAUUUUGUGAUAUUUCAUAGGAAGAGUAACCACACACUACAUGCAUAUAACUAAGGUAAAGCCCUCUUUACAAGACAUUAACCAAUGAAUGUCCAUCUCUAAGAGGUCCGUGCUUUCACCAACCACAAACAAAUUCAAUGGCUGCCUGCAUAAAUAUUUGGGGAAUAGUUUUUUUGGAAGAAAAUAUAUACUAUUAAUAUGUGGGUUAAAAACUACAGGAGGAUUUUAUCACAAACAAGUGAUAAGAGAAGAAAUUGACACGAUUAUAAAGAGAUUAUCUGUCACAACUUCGGUUUUCAAACAAUUUUGGAGUGUAUAAUUGCCUCCGGACAACUUUUUUUCUUCAAUUUUUACAUUGAUGUGCUUGGCAUUGGAAAGCUAGUGAAAACAGAAGAAAAAACAAAGGUUAGUCUGGCAUUAUCGGUGGGGCUAAGACCUCCCUUAGCCCAACUCAUAUAAUGGGAAUUUAUAAGCAAAAAUUUGCAAAUGUAAAAUGCCUUUUAAUAAAAGGUUAAAUAUAUUUAUCCAAACAUUGUUGUUGUAACAGUUCAUGUACAUGUAGCUGGCAUGUAGAGUGCAUGUCAAUGCAAUUUGUAAUAACAGAAAUCAUAGUAGUGUCAUGACCACCUAAAAAUCUGAAAGUUAGUUAAUUGCAUAGCUUGAUUUCAACAUUCAUCACACUUUAAAAAAAAAAAUACAGAGAGUUAAAGAGUUAAUACUUUUGCAUUGAAUCUCUAAAAUGUGAUGGAUGGAAUAAGAAAUACGUUUUUGAAUAAUUUGUGUUUUGUAAAAUUAUACACCAUUUGGUUAAGUUGAUUAUUCAACGAUGAAACAAAAAUCAGGGUCUAGCUAUUCUUGAAAGAAAAUUGAUACAUGUACUGCUUAAUGCCAAAGCUUAUUAUAAAUUGAUGUGACAUCAUAUGUAAGAACGAUGUACUGUAUUUCUGUUGUCUAACAUGUACUUAAUGUACUAAAAUGAAAAUAAUUGACUUGACUUAAAAUCAUGAAGAUAUUUAUAUUCUGUGAGAUUUAUAUAUUUUGCUUCAAAAAGACUAUGGGUUGUGUUGAUUGAUAUGUUAAAUUAAAAGAAACAAAUCAAGUGGAA